CCUGGGCAGCGGAGCGAGCUGGCUGCGGGCAACGCGAGAGAAGCGGAGAUGGCGGCGCACGGCUGGCUCUGGGGGUGCCUCCUGUUCGCAGGUUGGGGCUCCCUGGUUCUGGGUCAAGAGAAAAUCGAAGUCCUGGAGAAUAAAGGGGUGAGCCUGCCCUGCAAAGCCAUACAGUCACAACCCAACCCGACACGUCAGGAAUGGAAGUUCCAGAGAGAUGGCAUCACCCUGCUCUUUUAUCAUGCCAACAAGUUCACAGAUAACUACAAGGAUCGUGCCACAUUCACCCCGUAUGAGAUCCACCUCACGUCGGUCACCCGCAAAGACUCAGGCUUGUACAUUUGCGAAGUCCUCGGAGACUCUUUUUCACAGUCGCAGCUGCAUCUGGUUGUGCAAGUGCCCGCCACCAAGCCCACCGCCCACGUUCCUUCGGUGGUGACCAUUGGAAACAAGGUGGUCCUCAGAUGUGAGGAGACCGAGGCCAACCCCAGGCCGACUUUCAAGUGGUUCAAGAAUGACAUCCAGAUGCCCCCGGAUCCCAAAACCAGCACCAUCUUCAAGAAUUCGUCCUACACAAUCGACUCGGACACAGGCGUGUUGGUGUGUUCCUGCAUUUCUGAUUUCGAGCUGUGUGAACUCAACGUGGGUGGGAUCGUGGCGGCCGUGGUGGUUCUCCUCAUCAUUCUGGGACUGGUCAUUUUCGGGAUUUGGUUUGCUUACAGUCGGGGCUAUUUCAGCAGUAAGCUGAAGGGCAGUAGCAGUAAGAAGGUCAUUUACAGCCAGCCUUCCAAUCGAAGCGAUGGUGACUUUAAACAGACAUCUUCCUUCUUGGUCUGAUCGUGGCUUACAGGACUCGUGUUUUAAACUCUUCCCCGCUCAGGAUUGCUGUAAAUGUUCCCGAUGGAUCUUUGUAAUUAAGUGUGAUUUUUU